UGCUUUAGUCUUAGUGCGGCUGCGGCAGACAUCGAACUGGGACGGGGUAUCUACACUACACAAAGUUUUUAAUCUUUUUAAAACUGAAACUGGUAAUUAACAUUGCAUACUUUGUUUACAUAAUAUCUUUGGCUGUUACAUCGUAGUGUUAAAUAUCAAAAUAAAUACCACGAGUACCAGGUAAUUACCAAAUUAACAGCUGUUAGCUAGCUAACGAUAAGGUCGCGAUAAAUUGGUGGUUUAGGUAGGCCGCUGUUAUGUAGCAUAAGCUAAAAUAACCCUUAACUGCACGACCAUAAUAUGUCAUGUGUUGAGGCUGUAACAUUAACGUUACAUGUAACGCUACCGUAUUCUGAUAAUAUCCAGCCAGGGUAACUAAAAAUCCAAAGUCACUCUAUUGUUUAUUUACCUAACAUUAUUCCAAUGUUUGCCGAUCUCUGUACAUUAGUGUUUUCCAUCACUGCUGGGAAUCGCUCGUAGUUCGUUCCAGCUAGCAUUGGGCUGCUUUGUAUUAUUCAACAAUAAGUAAUGUUAUCUGAUUGUUUUCUUGACUGUGUUAGUUUGACCAUACAUAGGCCUAUCCUGAACCAACACUGAAGGUGACUUGUAACGUAUGUUAUUUGCCAAGAAACGUCAAUUUUGGUCAGCUGUCUCAGAUAUGUUACCUGUAAUUUAAGAAUAACGACUAUUGUGGUUGUGGCCCCAGGAGAUGUAUUUGUUUUACUUUUAAUGCGAGUUAGUAACUAUGUGAAUCGUUAUUUUCAUCCCGUUAUUUCAAUGUAAGUGCUAUUUUGUUACUUUAGAGUCCAUUGUUCUUCUUCCUUAAGAUGGAAGCCAGAGUUGUUCUUCAGGCUCUUCAUCAGUCUCGAACUAAGGCCUCCAUGUCUAGAGUAACGUUAAAUAAACAACCCAGGUUUGGAAUCCCGAAAACUGCAAAUUUAGUUGUUCUUUAUUCUGGAUUAGAUACUUGAAAUAUAUAAACAUGGGUUGAUAAUGCAGUGUAGUGAAAGUGAGUUUGUCCACUGACCUGGACCCCUGUUAUAACCAAAUUCCAUUUUGCUCUUGAGUCAUUAUUGUGAGCAUAGUUGUCUCAUGAUGCUGUACAUCUGUGUGGAAAUGUCCAACUGUCUCCUUUGUAUUUGUGCACAACUGUCUGUCUCUUAAUAACCCCUUUUCAGUUCCCUGGGCAGUGUUUUUGAUUGAUUUGUAGGUUUAAAACCAUCCUCUUGGCCCUUUUGUGGGAAUCGUUGGAUAUGGAUAGCUUGCCCCCCAUGAGAAUACAUUGGCAGAAGAUUUUUUUUCUCUUCAGCAUUGGUAAUCAACAGCUGAAAAUCUCUAGAAGCUUGAAUAUCCUGCCAUCACCCAAAUAUCACCAAGUGUGCAAAAUGCCUCCAAGCCCAAGAAGAAGCUGAGGAUUUUUUUUUCCACCCACCAUCCCACGUUUAUCCCCUUUUUUGCCUCAUCAAUUUAAGCAUUUUUGGAAUCUACUUUUUUUCUUUUCUGGCUGUUUAUGUCCCCCUAUUUCUUUCUUUCAUUGGUUUCACCAAUUAAUAAAAAAUAAUAAAAAAAAAAUCCCCAAAGGACUAUUGCAUCCACCAUCAGUAAUGUUUAGCUGUCUGGCGGAGAUAAAGAUGUCUCAGAAAAGGGAUGUCGUAGGAAGACAAGUGUCUCUGGGCGACCCAUCCCCCCUUUCCUCUUAUCUCACGGAUCAAGUGUUCCUUCAGGACUCCAUACCACCACGGAGACACCCUACCAGCAGUGCACUCAAGAGGGAGACAACUUCUCAGCCACCUCAGGGAGAGUCCUGUUGGCCCUGAAGAGAACCAGCUGCUGGGUUUAAAGGUCGUAACCUCAUCACCUCCGUCACUCAAGACGCAUACCAGCAUGACCAACCAUGGAGAUGACUGCUACUUCUUUUACUAUUCCACCUGCACUAAGGGGGACAGCUGCCCAUUCAGACACUGUGAGGCAGCAAUGGGCAAUGAGACCAUCUGCAACCUCUGGCAGGAGGGACGCUGCUUCCGUACCGUCUGCAAGUUUCGCCACAUGGAGAUCACUAAAAACCGAAAGGAGAUACCUUGUUAUUGGGAGAACCAGCCAGCAGGCUGCCAGAAGUCACACUGUGCUUUCUUCCAUGAAAAGCCCCGCUACAUUGAUGGCAUGUUUGUCCCACCUGAUAAAAGUCUAAGCAAGAACGAGGAACAGCCGCACGAGGAACCGGCUCCCCCACCAGCCACUCCUCUCCCCACUGCAACCAAUCCCCAGCUCAGAGGCGUCAUCAAGACAGAAACUCAGGAAGCAGUACCAAGCCCCACCCACCCACCAGUGGUGAUUAAUCCAGCAGAUGAUGACGAGGAUGAAGAUGACCAGUUCUCUGAGGAGGGAGAGGAUGGCAAGGUUGGCCCUUCGCCUAGAAAACUGCCCAAAUCAGAUGACUCGCUGAACUUUGGAGUGAGCACCCUAGAGGAGAUCCGGCUGAGGAAGGCCUUGAAGGCCAGCAUGAAGAGAGCUGGUUACCCCAUCCAGAGUGCUGAUACCUCGGCCAAUGGAGAGAAAGAAAACAUCCAGUCAUUUAUUCGACCACCCCCCAACGAGGCAAAAGACGGCCGACUUACCUUUGAAGAAACUGGGAGAUCAAGAGGCAGUGUGGCUGAAAGGCUUGGACGGAAGAUGCCCAGCACUGAUGUAAAAAGUGGAGGUGGUGUCCAACUGAAAAGGAGUCUGGCUGAGCGUCUGGGCAGAGUUGUGGAUGAGGAAGAGCCAUUAAUUCCCCCUCAGAAAACUUUGAAGCCUAUUAAAGAAAGACUUGGAUUACCUGCUGGGUCUGUUGCACCCAGUAAACCAGCUGAGACCAACAUGGAGUCAAAGAAAGCUCCUGAGCAGAUCCGCAUCAAAACUCUGGAGGAGAUCAGGCAGGAGAAGGCUGCAAAGUCUCAGAGCCAGACAAAUGGCCCUUCAGUCGUGGUUCCAGAAAUCAACAUAACCAAAACCAUCACUACUGAAACCACCAAGGGUAUCAAGCAAGCUAUCACCUUCAAAGACAAUUCCAGUAGCCACGUCAAAACGUUAUCUGAUAUCCUUCGCUCCAAGAAGAAAAGGCAGGAGGAGCAGCAGAAGCAGAACCCCAGCGCCAAGAAGACCAAGCACACUGCUGAGAAAGCUCCAAGCAAGAGCCAGGGAGAGUCUGACACAGCUGAGCCUCGACCUGAGGCUACAAACGUGGGGGGGGUUAGAGUAAAGACCCUGGAGGAGAUCCGCAGGGAGAAGGCAGCCAGGAUUCUGGCUCAGCAGGCCAUGGAGGUCGAAAAUAAGAAGAGCUCUGAUACUGAGGAUAACGAUGCUAAGAAGCCUCGCCUUCUGUGCAUGAGGAAACUGGCUUCCCAAAGCAACGUCACAACAGAGAAGAGUGCUGAAGUGACAGAAAAGCCACUGACAACUCAUACUGCUGCUUCUGAGACCAGUGCUGCCAGCAGUAACAAUGUCAAGGUCAAGACCUUCGAGGAAAUCAUGCGGGAGAAACGCCUUCGCAAGCAGGAAAUGGAGGCGCAGGCCAAAGGCUCGGCUGAAGCAGAGUCUUCUCAGAAACAGACUGCAGAAGGAACCCUGAAGAGGAAGGCUUCUGCUAAAAUCAGUGUUACAUUGCCAGGCUCUUCAUCACCUUCCUCCACCACUCUGGCCCCUGACACUACACUCUCCACCCAAAAGCUCCCUGUUCGUAAAAUGAUCCCCCUCAGAUCCAAGGCUGCUUCACCUCUGAACAGCACUGCUACUCCUGGGACGAGAGGUGCUGCCGUUGCCUCAGUCCCUGUGAAGCAGAGCUCUUCUCCACUGGAGGCUGAGACCGAGUCCCGCUCACAGAGCCCCAGCAGCUCCAGGGAGGUCCCAGACAAAGACACAAAGAAGUCCACCACACUGUCAUCAGCCAAGCAGGCCAGAGCAACUCAUCAGACUGCAGAGGCUCCUACUGCUGAUAAAACACAGAACAACAAUCAGAAGAAAUCCCCAGAACACACUACAGACACCAAAGUGAGGCCCAAACUCAAUGUGAAGCCGUCUGUCAUGAAGCCUGCAGUGCAUGUGAAACCAGGCCAGAAGAGGAGGGGAGCAGAGCGAUCUGCUGUAGCUGCUGUUAAACCGCUAAACAGUGCCUCCGCAGUGCUGGAGGAGCCACAGCAGGAGACAACAUUCAGAGAAAGACAGGUUUUCCCGUCCUCCAGUGCAGAGGCUCAGUUGAGCGCCGCUGUUCCCCAUAGUCCCAGCACUCUGUUGGACUCAGGCUGCAGCUCCAGCCCACUAAGAGAGGAGCUCCAGACUGUCCCUGUCUUCAAACAGAGUCAAGAAACCAAGCCGACUGUCAGUGUUACUGCAGCCAGAGAGGCCUGUACAGUCCCCCAAAGCCCAGUACUAAAGACUCCCUCUCAGCCCAAGUCACGGAGACUGAGCAUAGCUGCGUCCCGCACCGCUUCCACCUCCAGCACUGCUGCCUCCACCUCUGCUGUGGAUGACUUCGAGGAGCUGAUCAACGAGUUCACUGACGACCAUCUGGAAGAAGACGUGGACCCUGGCAUCGGAGAGGAGGACCUGCUGCAGGAACUGUCAGAGAUGAUUGACAGCUGAGGGCUCCAUCGAGCACAAUCAACACCCUGCCCCAACUUCUCGCCCACGACCUUGUCUUGUGACUCUAUAUUUAAAAGAAGUGAAGACCAUCACCCACUAUCUACCAUGGAGUGUUUUAAAAAGAUUUCUUCAUAAGUUCAACUUAUUUUAAGCUUUAGGUUCAUAUUUGUUGUUCUUUACAUUUUAGAGAUCUUCUCUCCUUUUUCAUGUCCUGCCCAUAUGAUCAUCUGAUGGCCCAAGGGUUAUUCUGCAGGGCUUAGAUUCUUUUUUUUAUCAUGUCUGUCCAUGAUCAUCGUCAAACUUUUCAGGUCCUGAAAAGAGAAAAUAAAAAAAAAUCUCUGGUGCUGGGAGAUGAGAAGAGCAUCCUCAGUUUGUCAGGAAUUCCUAAAAGAUAAAUGUUGGGAAUGAUGAAUGUGUCAUUUUAGAGAGAAGUCAUAUCUGUAUACUGUGUAUGCAAAGGGAAGAGCAAGCUGAAUAUAGAAAUAAUGAAUACUGCUGCACUUACAGUAGCCUGCCCCCAACUACUUGUGUUUUAUUUUAUAUCUGUGAGCAGACAAGACUGCUGUUGCCCAGCUAAUUCCCAGAUUAUGACAAAAGUAUCAGUUUUACUUAAACAAUGACCCUGUCAACGAAGCUCAGGUCAAAACCUGAGAGGGAGUUAAAAUUAUUUUUCUAAACUUCAUCAGUCACGUUUCUGUUAGGAUCAUUUUAGCCAUCAGGUAUAUGUGGUUUAUAGAUUUUCCACUCAGAUCUCAGAUCUUGUGGUGUGCACCUUCUACCUGUGCGUGUCCUUCAGUGGUUUUUAUAAUGUUUGAAAGAAAUGUGUGUAUUUUUUUUUUAACCAGUUCUUUUAUUCAGUGGGCAUACUUGGAAACAACUAGUCUGGGAUAAGUGCUCUCUGGUCUUUGUUAAUGAACACCUCAGGGACUGUUUCUGAUGUUUAUAUAUUCUUUAUAUGAUUGACAAACACUGUAUUUCAAAUUAACAAUGCUGUCUUUAGUUGUCUUUCUCUUUUGCGUUAGCAUUGGUUUAUCAAUGUGGUCUGAGAAAAGAUCAACUUGUUUUUUUGGUCUUAAACGUGUUUGCUCUGUCCUGAACCUUUCCCACAAACCUACUUUUCAAAUGAAUUACUGUGUAAAUAAAAAAUGCUUUUAAUGACCA